AUGUGGUCAAUGCAUUUUGAUGAGGACGAUGACGAUGACGAUGGCGAUGACGAUGACUAUGACGGUGACAUUGACAAUGACGACGACGAUGACGAUGACGAUGAAGAUGACGAAGACGAUGACAGUAACGAUGAAGAUGACGAUGACGAUGUUAAUAACGACGACGAUGACGAUGAUGAUGACGAUGAUAAUGACGAUGACGAUGACGUGGACGUUGACGACGAAGAUGACGAUGACGACGACGAUGACGACGACGUUGACGAUGACUAUGACUAUGACGAUGACGAUGACGAUGACGAUGAUGAUGACUAUGACGAUGACGAUAACGAUGGCGAUUACGAUUACGAUGACGAGGACGGUGACGAUGACGGUGACAAUGACGAUGACGUGGACGUUUACGACGACGAUGACGAUUACGAUGAUUUUGACGAUGACGAUGACGACGAAGAUGACGAUGGCGAUGACGACGAUUACGAUGACGAUAAGACCGUUAAUAUUAGGCUUUGA